AUGAAACUCCAAACCCACAAACCCAUUAAAAUUAAAACAUUAAAUUCCUCAGUAAUUUUGGUGUUAUUAUUUUCAUUUCUUCUGGUUUUCGCUUCUCCAAAAACAGCUACUGAAAAUUUCGUUCAAUGUCUUCUCCGCCGCUCUCCGCCGUCCUACCCUAUUGCUCCGGCGAUCUUUACACCCAACAAUCAUUCUUAUUCCUCUGUUCUUCAGACUUACAUUCAAAACUUGAGAUUCAACACUUCAACAACUCCUAAGCCAUUCCUUAUUCUCACAGCUCUCCAUGAAUAUCAUGUUAGAAUUGAAAUUCUAUGUGCUCGAAUCGAUAAUCUUCUGAUGAAGAUUCGUAGCGGUGGCCACGAUUACGAGGGAGUUUCUUAUGUCUCCAAUGCCGUCCCUUUCUUCAUUCUUGAUAUGUUCAACCUCCAAAGAAUCUCUAUUGAUAUAAAAACCGAGACGGCUGUUCAAACAGGAGCCACCAUAGGAGAAGUGAUUUAUAAAAUUGUAGAAGAAAGCAAGCUCCAUGGCUUCCCGGCCAGAGUGUGCCCUACGAUGGGUGUCGGUGGCCAUUUUGGUGGCGGAGGGUACGGUAACAUGAUGAGGAAACAUGGCCUCACGGUGGAUCAAAUCAUCGACGCGAAGAUAAUCGACGUAAACAGGAAGCUUCUCGACCGAAAAGCAAUGGGGGAGGAUCUAUUCUGGGCCAUCACAGGCGGCGGAGGAUCGAGCUUCGGAGUCGUUGUAGCAUACAAAAUCCGAUUGGUUCGUGUACCGGAGACGGUGACGGUGUUCAGAGUAGGAAGAACGUUGGAAGAGAAUGAGUUGACGGAGAUAGUAGAUGAGUGGCAGCGGGUGGCACAUGUGAUUGACAAUGAUUUGUUCAUAAGGGUUACGUUUGAUGUUGUAAAUGGAACACACAAGGGAAACAAGACACUGAGAGCAACGUUUCUUGCCAUGUUCCUCGGAGAUUCCAAAACCCUUUUGUCUCUCAUCAACAACAGCUUCCCUAAAUUGGGUUCAGUGCUUUUUUGGACAGAUAGUCGUGUUCGUCUAACAGAAACAUUUGUAAAGGCCCUAUUGAACCGAACGACGGGACGGAUCCAUCUAAAAAGAAAGUCGGACUAUGUGAAAACCCUAAUUCCAAAGAAAGGAUUGAACAAAAUAGGGAAGAAAAUGAUAGAACUUGAAAAACCCAUGAUGAAAUUCAACCCCUAUGGUGGAAGAAUGGGUGAGAUUGCAUCAAAUGCAACUCAACUUUGA